UAAAUUAUUAGAAAUGGGAGAUGAUGGAUCAAAAAAUAAUAAAGAAGAUGAUUUCGUUGAAAAUUUGGAAGAUAGUGCUUUAAUGGUUGUUCCAUUUGCAAAAUUUCUUCCUUUAAUUAAUGAAAUUGGAAAUUUUUUUAACGAAAUCAUCGAAUUAGUAGAAGCUGCUGAACACAAUAAACGAACUUGUAAAAUAUUAAAAAAUCGAGUUCGUGUUGCAGAAUUAGCCGUACGAGAUCUUAGAGAUAAAAAAAAAGACAGAAAAGAUUUAUUUAAUAAAAUAAAUUAUAUACGUUUACAAGAAUUAUCUACUAUUAUAACGCAAAUUAAAAAAUUUAUAUCAGAAAUCUCUCUAAUGAAAACUUUGAUAAAAUACCUUAAAGAGAAAAGUGUUGAGAAAAUUUUUAAAGAAUUAUGUAUGGAAUAAGACAGUUGUAUUAACUUAUUGUCUUUUUCUAUUAACGUUGAAAUUGCUGAUGAACUUGAACAAUUAAAAUCCGAUCAAGAUGAUUUAUUUAAAUAUAUAUUAGGAAUGGUGGCUGGUAUUAAUGAUAACGACUGCUUCACAGUCUUAAGUGAAAAGUUUUUUUCAACAGUUGUAAAAGUUGAUGUAAUGAAUAAUACAAUGAAAAAAUUUAUGAAUGAAACUUCUCAAAAUCAAACAAAAAUUGAUAAUAUCUUUC